ACGUCACUUCCUCUUACCUUGUCCUUGUCAGCAGCAACAUAUUCGCUGGUCGGGAUAAACACAUGGCUAAACUGAGCAAAGAGACCAAACAGCGGCUGCAGCAGCUGUUCCAGUGCGGCCAGUUUGUCAUCCGAUGGGGUUUUAUCCCAACCGUGCUGUACCUCGGUUUCAAACGAGGAGCAGAUCCAGGAAUGCCUGAACCCACGGUCUUGAGUUUGCUAUGGGGCUAAGGAACGUCUCUGCACAGCCAGUCCCCUCCCCUCAUCGAGACCAUGUGACCCACCCGUCAUUGGAAAUCCAGAAAAUUGACAUUAUUUUUCACUUUCCUCUCCAUAAAUCAUACUGUCCAAUGUCUGAGCAGUAAUGAAGGAAUGUUAUAUGUAGCCAUACUGUUUAUGGCUACAUACACAGUACAUGUAUGGAGAGUGUUGGCUACAUGGAAGAUAUUUGGAUUAACAAGAUGAAAUCAAGACUUUGUUUCUGAGAAUAUGUAGUCUUGACUGGACUAUCUGUCGGUAUUUUGAUGUGUGACAGCGAUGUUUGGAUAUACCAUUGAUUCCGUCUUUUUGUUUGUAACGUAAAAUUUCUGAAAAUAAAUCCACACAGAAAUGUCA